GCGCGUUCCAUGGUCUGUGAACAUGUGUGAAUUUUCCGAUCAACAAUUUCGGACCAUUAUCGUUCACAGUUUUUCGCACCGUGGAUCGUUAUUAUGACUGCAGUCGUAAUUGCGGUUACGGACAAAUUUCAGGCGAAACCGAAGAAAUUCAACAUAGAAUAAUGCGCCGUAUGGAAAAAUUACGUGAAAGGAAUUGUUAUAUUUACGAGUUUAACAGCAUAUAUUUCAACAAUAGAAAAAUUAUGGUUUACAUUUCACUUUUCAUCAUGUAAACACAUACAGACGUAUAUCCUAAUAUGCCUGUCGUUCCAAAGAGUCUAUUGUUGUAACAAUUCAAACUGCGGUGUCUUAUCUCUUUCUCUCUUUCGCGCCGUUCGCAGUCGUGUGUGUCGCAACCGGCGAAGCCUUGAGAAAUUUAUUCUUAAAAUAACCAAGACGCGAAAGCGCGACUUUGCUGUUCGCGAACAUGGCUCUGAAGCACGUAGUGAUAGGCGGCGGUACCGGCUUCAUAGGAUCGCAGCUGAUAAAAUCGCUGAGCCUCGAGGGCGUCUCCUGUACGUGUAUCUCUCGAAUGCCGGGGCCAAGCAGAAUGUCAUGGAAUGAUUUAGAGCGCUACGGCCUGCCGGAGAACACGUCGGCCGUCAUCAACGUCGCCGGGCAGAACGUGCUGGAUCCCAAGCAGAGGUGGUCGCCCGGCUUCAAGCAGAACGUCAGGAACAGCAGGGUGAUGACGACGAAGGCUCUGGCGGACUCUAUACAGAGUACCAAAGCUACAGUUUUCGCAACUAUAUCAGGAGUCGCGUAUUACAAGCCCGACGGCACCGUGUACACGGAAGAGAGCAAAUGCGAGUCGUACGACUUUCUGUCAAGACUUUGUCACGAUUGGGAGGACGCGGCGAGACUGCCGAAAGAUAGCAACAUCAGACAAGUGACGAUAAGAUCCGGAGUGGUGCUGGGAAGAAACGGCGGUAUGGUCAAGCAAAUCUAUCUACCGUUCUUCUUCGGCCUCGGUGGACCGAUUGGGAGCGGCAGUCAAUACAUGCCCUGGAUACACAUCACCGACUUAGUUUGCAUGUUUAUAUUUGCGCUCAAAAAUAGCAAUGUGCAUGGUGUAUUGAACGGAGUGGCGCCCCAGCUUAUAACAAACAAGGAGUUUACGAAGGCGUUUGCGGCGGCAAUGAACAGACCCGCGGUCAUACCUCUUCCAAGCUUCCUUUUAGAAAUAUUAUUCAGUAAAGAACGAGCAAAGAUGAUGUUGGAGGGGCAAAAAGUUACACCAAAGCGUGUUACAGAGCUAGGAUUUCAAUAUCAACACCCGGACAUCGAAAACGCUUGUAAGCAACUCGUCCAAUGAACUGGUUUGUGAAAGAAUUUAUUUAAUUGUUAUAAAAGUCGAUAGAGACUCGUGAUUGUUCUAAUACUAUUAUAUAGUAAUAUAAUAUACGUUAUUCAGAUUCUUGAUAAUUAGCGAUGAAUUAAGAUUUGAAGUAUCCUCUUUGUGAUGCUUUCAAAUUAUUGUUACUUAGUAAUAAAUUGUUUAUUACAUAGGA